AUGGAAAAAAGGAAAGAGAAGCGAAUUAGGUCAGAUGAUCCCGAUGAUACAGAUAAGGAUGUUUUCAGGAAAAGAUCGUCGCAAUUCGACGGAAUCGGAGGAAGAAGCAGAGGUAGAGGAAGAGGAAGAGGAAGGGGAAGAGGAAGGGGAAGAGGAAGGGGAAGCCAUGCAAGAGACAUGGAUACGGCCGAGAAGGAUGAUAACUCUGAUGGAAGCGGAAAGAUUGUGGGGGUGACUUGUCAUCAAUGUAAAAUCGUCAAGAGUAAAAGUGAUCUUAUCUUCUGUUCAAAAUGUAUCAAGGUUCAGAAGCGCUAUUGCAUUGACUGCAUUAUCAGAUGGUAUCCAGAGAGAACUAGUGAGCAAGUUAGAGAUGCAUGUCCUUUCUGUAUGGGGAAUUGCAAUUGCAGAGCUUGUUUACGGGAACCUUUGCGUGUUAAGCGACCGAGUGAAAAGGACGCGAGUGUCAAGCUCAAGCAGUUGAAGUACCUGUUAGUUAAACUUCUUCCUGUUCUUAAGGAUGUUUAUGCAGAGCAGAACCGUGAACUCGAGAUUGAAACAGCAAUUAGAGGAGUCCCUGUGAGAGAAUCUGAUGUUACUAGGUCUGAACUUGACAUAGACGAACGCAUAUACUGUGACCUUUGCAGCACAUCCAUUGCCAACUUUCACAGAAGCUGUCUGAACCCAGAUUGCUCAUCCGACAUAUGUCUUUCUUGCUGCAAGGAACUAAGAGAAGGUUUACAGAACAAUCAAGAAAGGACAAGUCAUUUGGAUAUAUCUACUUGGCAGCUUAAUUCUGACGCUAGCAUUCCAUGCCCUCCCAAAGAGCGUGGUGGUUGUGGUACUUCAACACUGGAGCUGAGACGUUUGUGUAAAUGUGAUUGGGUUGAAAAACUGAUAACGAAUGCAGAGGAAGUUACUCAGCAUUUUAGGCCACCAGAUAUGGAUAUUGCUCAUGAAUGUUCUUCAUGUACUGUUGAUUCCAUUACAAGGCAGACUGCGUUUAGGAAGAAUGGUCAUGAUAACUUCUUAUAUUCCCCAAAUGCUGUUGAUCUUGCUGGAGACGAUAUUGCUCAUUUUCAGUCGCAUUGGAUGAGGGCAGAACCUGUGAUAGUCAGAAAUGUUCUCGAGAAAACAUCUGGACUAAGUUGGGAACCAAUGGUUAUGUGGAGAGCUUGCAGGGAAAUGAAUCCCAAUGUUAAAUGCAAUGAAGAUCGGAAAAGCGUGACAGCGUUGAAUUGCUUGGACUGGUGUCAGGUUGAAAUCAAUAUUCGUCAGUUUUUUAAAGGCUAUUUGCAAGGCCGCAUGCAUCACAAUGGUUGGCCUGAAUUGCUGAAGUUGGAGGAUUGGCCUCCAUCAACUUUAUUUGAAGAGCGCCUUCCAAGGCAUAACGCCGAGUUUAUUUCUGCGUUACCUUUCUCUGAUUACACUGACCCCAAGUCAGGUAUCUUGAAUCUCGCAACAAAACUUCCUGAAAAAUCCUUGAAGCCAGAUCUUGGACCCAAAACAUACAUUACGUACGGUUUCCCUGAAGAGCUUGAUAGAGGAGAUUCUGUGACAAAGCUGCACUGUAAUAUCCCUGACACGGUAUAUGUGCUGACACACACAGCUAAAGUAGAUAUAACUCCCUGGCAAUACGUAAGUAUAAAAGAAGCACGGAAACGAUAUGCAGAAACCCAGUUGCAUAUUUUGGGAGAAGAAACUAGCGAAUGUGCAAACAAGUCACUGAAAGAAGAAGCUUUUAAGAAAUGCGAUGGUCUUGUGGGAGAACCAUCAAAUAGCAGUUUGAGACCGUCUGGCUCACAAGAAGGUAUUGCAAUAAGCUCCAUCCUAAUUUCUCCACAACAUGUUGAGAGUACCAUUGCAGAUUCCAUACAAGAGCAGAAACUUGAUGCUCCAAAAGAAACUAAUGGCAAUGAGAGUUCCAAAACGGAUGUGCAUGGUGGUGCUGUGUGGGACAUCUUUCGAAGAGAGGAUGUUCCAAAACUUAUUGAGUAUUUGAAAAGACACAAGCAUGAGUUUCGUCAUUUCUAUAACAAACCUGUGGAAUCGGUUAUUCACCCAAUUCACGACCAGAGUAUGUUCUUGAAUGAAAGCCAGAAGAAACAGCUGAAGGAGGAAUUUGAUAUAGAGCCAUGGACAUUUGAGCAACACCUCGGUGAAGCUGUUUUCAUCCCUGCAGGUUGUCCUCACCAAGUGAGGAAUAUACAGUCUUGUAUAAAGGUGGCACUUGAUUUUGUUGCUCCUGAAAGUGUAGAAGAAUGCCUUAGGCUAACACAAGAGAUCCGAAGACUACCAAAAGACCACAGGUUCAACGAAGAUAGAUUAGAGAUUAAGAAAAUAGUGAUGCAUGCUGCGAGCUCAGCCAUAAGAGAAGCGCAAGGUCUAAUGCAAAACUCCAUUACUUAG